UGACCCGCACCUGAACCAAGUGGUGAUCUGUCAGAAUCGUAUCUGGAAUAAGGGUAUAAUCCGUGGUAUUCUGUCGCAUGAAUUCCUCCAUAUGUUCGACUACUGUAGGGCUAAGUUUGACUUCAAUAAUGUUGAGCACAUCGCCUGCUCUGAGAUAAGAGCAGCCAAUCUGUUCCACUGUUCAAUGAUGAGUUCACUACUACUGGGGACCACCAGACCCUGGAAUAUAGCUAAAUCUCACGCCAAUUGUGUGAAGACGAAAGCCGUCGCCUCAAUCAUGUCUGUCCGUAAGGAUAUGACAGCGACCGAGGCCUGGGCUAUAGUCGACAAAGUGUUCGACAAGUGUUACAACGAUUUAGAACCCGUCGGUAGAAGACUUCGGGCCAACUCUAAGGACAUGGAGUGGGCCUAUAGGGAGAGAAACGCCAAACGAUUGGCAUCAUUGAGACAAGUAUCUCAAAACAAUAAGGUUCGCAUCGCUCAGGAAUGUACGGAUCAGUUAAAACAAACGCUGAAUGGCGUACAAAGUGAGAGAAAAGCACUGAUAGAUCAACGGUCGGCCAUACAAAAGGAUAUCAAUGAGAUGGAUGGUCACCGAAACUACACUCAUUUAUAUCGGGAACGACUGAUAGAAAAGAAAGAUGAGUUCACCUGUCGGGAGACUAGCGUUGAGUCGCGCCUUUUGAUGCGAGUAUUUGACAGAAGCGGACAAAAACUGAACACAAUUUUCAAUCAAAACAAUAAUAACAACAAAAUCUUCGCGAAAACGUGUCAAAUGUGUGCGAAAAUGAAUUUCCCCUUAGAAGACAUCCAAUUCGACACAUUAGUGGAUAUACCUCCGCCACCCCUACCACUCAUACCACCUCCAGAUGAUGAAGAGACCACCAGAUCGUUGCCC